AAACGUCUCGAAACCAUGCCAGCUUCACCUUCGUCUCUACCACUGUCUUUCUGUCUUGGAUCUGGACGAGCUAGCUCUGCGUCUUAAACAUUGGCAAUGCUUGUUUCCCUUCGAGCCUGCCCGGCGGCGGCAUACUGCGACCAACCUGUAACCGUCCGGCCUGGUUCUUCAGCCUUCGAGAUCUGAAGCACCUGGGGAGGUUUGUGUCAUACCCCUUCGUUGGAAACACUUCCAGCCUCAAGGAAAUCAGCAUGGCACGAGCUUCGGCCCGCGACAGUUGUCCAGACACUGCCAAGUCAAUCGCAUAAGAGCUCGUUCUUUCUCUGCCAUGUCCUGGUGUUUUCCUUUCAUCGUGGCAGUGCCUCUUCAUUCCUUUCGAUCCUUUUUGUCUUUCGAUCCAAGCUUCGAACUUAUUCCAUUCCUUAGGCUUGAUCGCGUUGACCGCGGAGUCUCUCGUUCUUAGCAAAGCAGAAGAUUAUUUUAUUUGAUUCUACACCAUUCCAAUUCCACCAAACCGACCUUUCAAUCCUAAGUCUUUUUCGAACCGAUAUUCAACAUGAAGACCACUCAACUCAUGAUGUUGGCGGUCGCCGCUUUGGGGUUUACCUCAGAAGCUUUGGCCCAGGGGAACAGGGGAGGAGGCAACAAUAACGGUGGCAACAACAAUAACAACAACAACGCUGGCACUCAGGGUGGCAACAACGCCAACGCCGGGAAUGCCAACGCCGGGAAUGCCAACGCUGGAAAUGCCAACGGCGGAAACGCCAACGCGGGCAAUGCCGCUAAUGCUACCGCCGGUAACAAUGCAGGUGGCAACGGUGGUGGGAACGCUGCCGACCUGGCAUUGGACCCCGACAACGUGCAGACUGGCAGUCAACAAGAAGGAGACCUCAGUGUAGCUGGUACAGCGGCUUCCACAACCGACAAUGCCAACUUCAUCAAUGUUUGCACUGGCAAGACUUUGACAAACGGUAAACAAGUGACUGGCGGCUCCUGCAACGGUAUCACUAUGGGCGAUAUUCCUUCCAACCAGGACAUGGUUUCCGCUAUAGUGCUCUUCCCUGGUCCUGGAGACGACCUGGACGCAAACCAAGCCUUCACUAUUCAAGUCCAACUUCAGAACUUGGUCGCCGGUUCCUUCACCGAUGCUCAAAGCACAUACUACUCUGCUCCUCAGGCUCUUCAGGGUGGCCAAGUCGUCGGUCACUGUCACGUCACUGUCCAGGAUCUCGGCGGCACUCUCGCUCCCACCAGCCCCCCUGACCCGAAAGUCUUCAACUUCUUCAAGGGUAUCAAUGAUGACGGCAACGGCCAAGGUCUUCUCACCGCAGACGUCACUGACGGUCUCCCCGCCGGCUUCUAUCGCAUCUGCACAAUGAACGCCGCCGCCAACCACCAGCCUGUCCUGAUGCCCGUCGCUCAACGUGGUGCUCAAGACGACUGCCAGAAGUUCACUGUUGGUCAAGGUACCGGUAACGCCAACGCAGGCGGAAAUAAUGCCAAUGCAGGUGGAAACAACGCUGCGGCCGGAGGUGCUACUGGCGCCGCCAACUCCACAGCAGCCACUGGAGCCACCGGCGGCAACAACGGAGGCAACAACGGAGGCAACACCGGAGGAAACACUGGCGGUAACGCUGGUGGCAACACUGGUGGCGGCAAGACAGGAGGAAAAGGCGGCCGUGGUCGAUUCGGCCGAGGAAGAUUCGCUGUACGAGACUUCAUCCAAUAAGCAAGGGAACGAGCUUGAGCCAUGAGCAUGAGCAGGAUGGGGACGGCCACACAGAAAAGACAAGAUCUACAGAUAAUCAAGCUUGUCUGUGGGUGCACGCCUUGACGACACAAAUGUGGGGUGCCAUUGUGAUUUGAUGCAGCAGGGAAGAAAAGAGAGAAAAGUCUUUAUUCUCCCUUUUCCUAUUUUAUCUCACGACAUAGAAAGGAAGAGUGUGUAUAACCAGAAAGGAAGUUUUUUGUUCGAUGUUUUGUCGGCUUGCAUGCAUUAUGGAUUUUGGGGGCUUGGGACAACAACAGUCAUUGAAGAGGGCCGCUCUUUUGCGGAACUUGGGUCGCGGUCACGGAUUACCUGAGCGAGCCUCGCCGUGACCAUGGAGCCCCAUGGAAUUGGGCUGCUUCAUAACCGAGCAAGAAUCGAGAUCGAAUGAUG